AUGGAUACCAUUCGCGAUACAGAAAAACGUGACACUUUCAAGCGCGAUGGGUCAAUAAGACACGCGAUGCGGCAGUCCGCCCAGUCUCCGGUAGAAAACGCACAAGACCUUGUGAUACCACCAGCUCCUGUCGAAGGACUAUCGCUCGACAUACUUCAUGUCAUUUUCGCCCAGGCAGUCAGUUUGUUCGAGCCUGACGAACGGCAAUGUUUCGCCAUCCAUGUGGCGUCUGUUUGCAGAGCGUGGCGAGAUGCUGCAGUCGACACUUCUUCGUUAUGGUCGACUAUAUACAUCGAUUCAGGCCAUUUACCAUCAAUUGCGAUGCUUCAGUUAUUCCUCGAACGAUCGCGCAACCAGAAACUGGAUAUCUCCAUUGACUGGGCCCACGGCUUCAUGAGGAAUAAAUGGAACGAGGAAAAACUCUCGGCAUAUAUCGCGGCGGCAAUGCAUGCUUUGGUACCCCACAUGAGCAGGUGGGAGACCAUGGACAUUAGUUGGAACAUCACUGGUUCCGAGGGACCUGGGGACACGAUUGAACCACUCUUUGUCGGUAACGCGGAUGCGCUGACCUACCUUUCUGUAUAUUGCUUUGAUCACCUGCCCCUUCGUGAAGAACGCCGUGACCUUCAAUAUUUUAAGAAGACAUUUACUGCGCCGCACUUGACUACACUCGUCUUGCUGUCAAUGCCUAGUGGCUUCGAAUUGGGAUGUCUAGCAGAUUGCUUUCCCGCGCUCGAAGAUCUGACGUGGAGCGAGGAUGGGUUCGAAACUAUCGAACACUGGGAUACCGCACAUACGUUCCUACAGACGUGUUUCGGACGCUUGCAGCGAUUACGUCGCCUCAAGGUCGACGGCUUGUUCAUCUCCGAUCCUUUCCCAGAGCGCUAUAUAUCCGAACCCGACCUUUUGACUUUGUUGCCGACACUAGAGCGCUUGGAAAUUGAAAGAACCGACUAUCACAUCUUCGAUGAAAUCAUGUCCGCUAUUCGUGCUCCCAGACUUGUCCAUAUUUCCGUGUUCGGGGUAUCUUUUACGCCAUUGCCCGUGAGCAGCCCAUUCCACGGGUUUUUGCAGCAGUCUAGUCGACUUCCUGCUCUUCAUUCUAUUCUUGUCGAAGCCACUUCGAAAGACAGGGAUAUUCCAGACCCGGAUGAGUGUUGGGCGAUGUUCGGCUCAUUGCCGUGCGUUCGGUUUGUUACGAUAAGCCUUCAAGAAUUUGAAGACUUGCUUCAAUCGUGGUGCGAAGAACAAUCCGCGGAGGGAUGGCGAUUUCCAAGAGUCACAUCCUUGGAGAUUUUUUGUGAUUCCGUCUCUCUCCCAGUUUCUGUGCUCCGUACACUCGUAACUAGUCGCCAAAUCGCGCGAAAGAAAGAUCCUGAUGUGGGGUUGGAGGUAGUACGUUCCCUCAAGAUCUACACCAAGAAGGUCAUGGCAGCGGAAGAGAAAAGGUUUUUCACCGAAAAUGUACAGGAAUUCGUAUGGACUUCGGGCCUCCCGCCGUGGUAUCCCGUCAAUAUCCACCGGCAGCCUGGCUACGACCAUGCUAAUCGCCUCGCAGUUCAAUGGGUGCGUCUAUCUUCUUCUAUUGAAACGGUUAUGGGCAUCGAUGUCACGGUUAUAGUGUAUGAUGCAUUGGACACUGGGCACGAGUUGGAGAUUCUCAUGCUCGGUACUUGA